UCUCGUUUGGCCAGAAGAAAACUGUAGCGGAUCUCAAUGGAUUUACUAUAUGAGAUCGCACACCUAUCGGGAUAGCAUCCACAUUUACUACGGGUUCAUAAUGUUUCUGAAAGAACGACUACACUACAGAUAGAGGACGAGUGAAGACCGUUUUGAGGGAUGACAGACCUGGAGGCAUCGACAGUGGGGGAACCCCCUCCCCCGUAUAUGAUCUUCCUCCUGGUCUUCUUCUUCUUCAUCACUGGCCUCCUGGGCUUCCUGGUCUGCCACCUGCUGAAGAAGAAGGGCUACCGUUGCAGGACUGGGGAGGAGGAGGACGAUGAGGAGUGUGAGCAGAAACUGGGACCAGACAAGAAUGAUGAUGAAGAAGAGGAAAAUCAAGACACCGUUGAACAAAUCCUGAAGUGCAUCAUUGAAAAUGAAGCUAACAUGGAAGCCUUCAAGGAUAUGCUAGGAAAACAGGAUAUAUGUCAACAUCAUGAUCCUAGAUUACUGCGCAAAGAGAGCCUGGGGGGUAUUCCACCUCAUCACCACACCGUGCACUCUGGCGCCCAGCUCGACCAUAAGUCCUGCACACUCUGUGUGCAAGGGCGGUCCAAGAAGGCCCGCCGCCUGAGCCGUGUGCCUCGGACCAAUAAGCCCAGAACACCAGGAGAGAGGAGAGAGUCCACUGUGUUCGCUGUGGGAAGGUUCCGAGUCACCCACAUGGACAAGAAGGAUCAGGGGUCUGGCGACCAGUUGGACCAAUCGGAGGCCCUGGAUAGUGAGAAGGGGGAUGAGGAGGACCCCCAGAGGAAAGAGGGGUACAACCUGCAGAGCAUGUUCAAAGAUGUCAAAACAGAGACCACAAACGGUGUGGUGGCCACCGCGGCCAAGCGGAAGAAGAGUCUAGUUCUGUUCUCGCUGCGCAGAGGCAGUGAUCCAGUGGGGGUCAAAGUGUCACUGAGCCAGCCCGUGGUGGAAGAGGAGCCCCUCUUCAAUGAUCCGUUGAAGACUGCUCCAGUGCAGACCUCCAGCCCUGUGAAGGCCCUGUCGUCCCAGCCCAGCAUGGGCUCUGCUACACCUGACGACACUGAGAUGGCCCCCACUAGGGUCACUUUUAUAGUGUCCCCCAUAGAGGCUCCCGAACCGGUCUCUCCCAACACGAGUCCAGCAGGAGUUUCCCCCCUAACGCCCCCGGUACAAGAAUCCCCCAUCACCACCCCAGUACAAGUCACCCCCAUGACCCCUGAAAUAUUCCCCCUUACCCCAGGCUCCCCUACUAACCUUGCCCCUAGCCCCUUAAAUGUCUCCCCUGCCACUUCCCCUUUACAAGCCCACCCUACCCCUACCCUUGUACAAGCCUCCCCUACCCCUGUACAAGCCUCCCAUACCCCUGUUCAAGCCUCCCCUACCCCUGUACAAGCCUCCCAUACCCCUACCACUGUACAAUCCUCCACUACCCCUACCCCUGUACAAGCCUCCCCUACCCCUGUACAAGCCUCCCCUACCCCUGUACAAGCCUCCCCUACCCAUGUACAAGCCUCCCCUACCCCUGUACAAGCCUCCCAUACCCCUGUACAAACCUCCCAUACCCCUACCCCUGUACAAGCCUCCCCUACCACUGCCCCCUUAAAUCUCUCCCCUGCCCUGUCCUCCAGAAUGGUGUCCCCCUCCCCUACCUCCUUAAAUCUCUCCCCUUCCCUGUCCUCCAGAAAAGUGUCCUCCAAUACUACUCCUUUAAAUCUCUCCCCCACCCUUACCCCCAUGCAAGUCUCCCCUGCCCUGUCCUCCAGAAAAGUGUCCUCCAAUACUACUCCUUUAAAUCUCUCCCCCACCCUUACCCCCAUGCAAGUCUCCCCUGCCCUGUCCUCCAGAAAAGUGUCCUCCAAUACUACUCCUUUAAAUCUCUCCCCCACCCUUACCCCCAUGCAAGUCUCCCCUGCCCUGUCCUCCAGAAAAGUGUCCUCCAAUACUACUCCUUUAAAUCUCUCCCCCACCCCUACCCCCAUGCAAGUCUCCCCUGCCCUGUCCUCCAGAAAAGUCUCCCCUGUCCUGUCCUCUAGAAAUGUCUCCCCUGCCCUGUCCUCCAGAAAAGUCUCCCCUGCCUCCUUAAUGGUGUCCCCUAUAGCUCCUCAUAGCAUUCUAAGUAAUACUACUACUUUAGUCAAGGUGGAACAAACCUCACCCUCCUCCUCUCCGUUCACGACCUCAGCCACAGCCACCAUGAAAGGGCCAGAACACAAGGCAGACAGCCUUGCUAGGUUUAAGGCCGACAAAGUCUCUCCCACUGUGGCCACUGUGAAAAUCUCCCCCACAGUGGACCACAUGAACGUCUCCGCCACCAUGACUCCAAUAAAAGUCUGCCCCUCCAGUGGAAGCCCUCUAGAGAACAAGCUGGAGGUCGGUAGUGUUGCCAUAGUCAACGCCAGUCCUGACAGUCAGAGGGAAGUCUCUGUGGUGUAUAUGGCUGAUGUGGUGAAGGGGGAGAAGGAGGACCCUGCUGUGGCCCAGAGCCCCCCAGAGGAGGAGAAGGAGGAUGAGGUGGAGAUGGAGGACAUAAAGAACUGUCGGGUCAGCCAGGAGGAGGAGGGCAUGUCUCUGAAGGAGAAGAGGAGAUCAGUACACAGUCAGCACAAGUGGUGAGAGUGAGAGAGAGAGAGAGAGAGAGAGAGAGAGAGAGACUGUCCACGCCCCACUGUGACGAGGACAAAUGGAUAUAUAGCAAUACUACGGAGGUAAACCAACCAGGCCAUGUCAAAACUCAACUGAGUACACCAUGCCAGGCUGGCUGAGACUGUCUGGCACCAACUAUGAAGUGACAUGGCUUCAAAACGACAAGGCUGUGAUUCAUCCAGAUGGAUUGAUCUUAAACACUUGCAUAAUGUGACUAACAGCACAGCUAUAAUACUACUCCUUUUAUAACCAGAGAGUGCAAGCCCAGGCCUCACAGACUACACCAACAACAAUCAACUAUAUCCCCAACAACCAUCAACUAUACCCCCAACAACAAUCAACUAUACCCCCAACAACCAUACCACCGUGUAAGUCGACCAAGAGAAAACAAUGGGUAAUAUCGGUGUAGCCUAGCUACUUGUCAGUCGGUUCUGUAACUCUACUACAUACUAUGGAAUUAGAGGCAGAAACUGCCUCUGAGUAGGUUAACUCCAGGUUUUGAUGUCGUCACCAAUGGCUGUUUCUCUACCUAUACAACCACAUGCUUCCCAUGUCAUCUUGCAAAUAAGUGGACCCAUUUUGGUCCGCUAAAAUGUUACCAGGGGCUCGAUUCAAUCUAUUUCGGCGAAGUUCAGGUGAUGUUCGAUUGAGUCGACAAAUGCAGCCUUUACAUUUAAUUUGCGUUAUAGCACUGAACUUCAGCAAUACGGAUUCAAUUGAACCUAGUCCCAAGUGUCAUUUAGGACAUAUUAUCAUCAAGUGUAUUGAUACAGCCCAAAAUAAUUCAGCUAUCUGAGCUUCUAGAUUCUAGCAUGUGGAUUCACUGUCUGUGUAGACUAAUAGACUGAGACCAAAAGUCCAUCUUAGAUCACUUUGAAACAUCUAUUCUUCCAUUGACUCAGCUGUGUCCAAUCUUAUUAAGUUCUUAUGUGUACAGUGGGACAGAAGUUUCCCUGCCCUGAGAAAUGUUGUGCUGGGUAUGGUACAGUGGGACAGAAGUUUCCCUGCCCUGAGAAAUGUUGUGCUGGGUAUGGUACAGUGGGACAGAAGUUUCCCUGCCCUGAGAAAUGUUGUGCUGGGUAUGGUACAGUGGGACAGAAGUUUCCCUGCCCUGAGAAAUGUUGUGCUGGGUAUGGUACAGUGGGACAGAAGUUUUCCCUGCCCUGAGAAAUGUUGUGCUGGGUAUGGUACAGUGGGACAGAAGUUUCCCUGCCCUGAGAAAUGUUGUGCUGGGUAUGGUACAGUGGGACAGAAGUUUCUCUGCCCUGAGAAAUGUUGUGCUGGGUAUGGUACAGUGACGUGAUACAGAGGAUAGUUGUGUCACUUUUGAUAUUCUCAGAGAAAACUAAAAAACCAAAAGCUAGUCCUUAACCAACCGUAACAAAUACUCCAAAAUGUUUCAGUCUGAAUAGUGCUUUUAGCUAAUGACUUUAGAAUGUAUGUUUAAGGUACUGGAAUAUGUUAUGUUGUUUACUUGGAAUCAUACAGUAGCAGCGUACACGCUUAUGUCUUAUUCACAUAGAAACCAUAGGCCAGCACUGCAGUUGAUAAAUAUACAUCAUUAGGAUGGUAUUUUAUCUGUAGUGGUAAUUUGUUUUAUGUCAGGGUGGCUUCAAUAUUCCCACUGGACUACAUAAUAAUGUGUAGUCCUGGAUAGAAACAUAUACUUCCAGGGUUGUAUUUACUAGGAAUCAAAUAGAAGCAAUUUGGUUGAAACAGGGAGGGACCUACCUGAAUUUGUCCAAUAAGAAAUGCUUGUUUUUGUUUUCUGUUGCAAAACAUUUGCUAUGGUGUAUCAUAAUGAAUAGGACCCUGAUCCAUAGUAGUGAACAGCGUUUCUCUCACAGACAUACAACAUACGCCUCACCUCUUCUCACUCGUUGACUCCAAUUCCUUAUUGCUGCACUUCAUCACUUUAACAAAGAACCAAUGGGAUAUGAUGUUAAAUGUCAACAGGGCAUUAAGGCUGUGUUAAUUUUUUUGCACAACAGAUAUUUCCUUAUUAGCCAGAGAAUACGGUUUUAGCCAUACGAUAACAACAUUCCUGAGUUGAAUUUGAAUUAUGGAAAUUAUGUGAAACUCUUGAUACCAGAUUAUUUAAUCUAGUUUUGCUUGAAACUGAUCUGUUAUCAUUUACUACAGAUGCAUAUGUAACGGUUCUUGUCUGUCGAAGGAAAAGCAGACCAAAAUGCAGCGUGGUAUUUUUGAGACAUGUUUAAUGACGAAGAA